CUGUAAAGAUGUCAGACAACGAAGUCCAGUACGCUUCUCAUGAUUUCAGAAACAAGAGAUCGGCAAGAGGACUUUUGUCAGACAAAGAAGCAAAAAGACGUCGCUUGUAUCAGAAGUUGGUUUAUUGUUUUGGGAUUCUAUAUGUGAUUUCGGUGAUGGCCUUUAUUGGAGUCCGUGUCUACUACCUCAACAACAAAAUCAGUUCUGAUUUCAAAACCUUGGCUCAAAACUUCACAAGCUGCGAAAAAAAAAGUUCACACCUGACAGCAGAAAUUAGUCAAGUUAAACAGAACAACCAUGACUUGCAGACAAAAAUUAAAACUCUCAAAGAAAAAAUAAAAACUUGUGAAGACCAGAAAGAAAACAGUGAGAGUCGUCAUAGUUCUUGUCCGAAAGGCUGGAUUCACUCUCAGUCCAGCUGCUAUGCAGUUAAUGAUGCUGUACCUAGGAAUCAGAAAACCUGGGAAGAAGCACAAGAAGACUGCAUAAGAAAGGGUUCAGAUCUGACUAUAGUUGGAAAUGAAGAAGAAAAGAAGUUUGUUGAUGGCACUAGCUGGAAGGACGGCGAUGGUUUAAUAAAAGGGUUCUGGAUUGGUCUCAGAGAUGAAGGAGGGAAAUGGAAAUGGAUGGACGGAAGUGAUCUGACCAAUCAAGCCUGGAUAAACCAGCAGCCUGCAACUGAUGGUCAAUGUGUAACUUCUCUCCAGAACCGAGAAUGGACAUCAGUGAGCUGUACUAAAAGAAACGGCUGGAUCUGUGAGAAGAAGGCUUUAUAUGUUGUUAAGGAAGAAUAAUUUAAAAUUAACUUUAGAAAAAAGUUUGGCUCUCUCUCUCUUCCUCAAACUCCCAGGCCCUCUCAGCGGGCGACGUGCGGCCACAAGGAAAACAACAAUGCGUGUUAACGUCACAGAGUUACAGAGUUUAAUCCCAUACAAAGCAACGUAUGAAUCAACAACAAAGCUGCAGAGGAACAGA